UCGGAGAUCAGAGAUGGCGGGCGCCUCCGACCCCCUGGAAGAUAUGCUAUUUUCCGAGGUGGACGAGAAGGCUGUGAGCGACUUGGUGGGCUCGCUGGAGUCUCAACUCUCUGGCCAGAGCAACAAAGCAGACGAGAGCCGAGGCGCUGGGUCGGUUGCCCCCGCUAACCAUCACUUGGGGAAAACGCUAGCAGCUCCGGUGGGCUCCACAACAGUGGAUCAACAACAACAACAAGGGCGCCGCUAUAAAGCGGACAUGCACCAGGAUUUCAACUCUAAAGAUGAUAAAACUGUCACAUCUCCUUCCUUGGGCUGCACUCCUUCUUCCGGCGAGCCCUCCGUUGCUUCGACUCCAGCUGCCAACAACAGCGGCUCUCAAUCACAUGGAGCAUCCAUCACAACACCAACCGCGUCCGCCGGCGUGUCAGCUUCCCCGCCAGCCAGCAUCAGCACCGCCGAAGCCCGGCUCCCUUCCAAGGCUUCCCCGGGCUCAGGCGAGCCUCUCCCGGACGCAAACCCUGCGAAAAGACGGCCAGCCACUCUGCGACGGAGCGCCUCGGUUCGGAUUAAGAGUUUAAACGGCGCCGCCGUGACCACCAGACGGAACAGCGAGGACAGCACCCCAGUGGACGCUGUUAGCUCCACACCGAACUGCACCCGACCGGUGAGCACAUCCAUCAACACAUCAACGUUCACCCUAGCCAACGCCAGCUUGCCUGCGGGUCAGUCUGCCAUUGCCCUCGACCGGGGGACCCCGACCAUCGCCUUGCAGAGACUCCCCAGUCACAUAAUGGCCAGCAUCGCCCAGAACGGGACUAGCGUGUCGGCGAUGUCUCAGCAGGGCUCCCGGACCUCACCGGUCACCUCUCCUUCUUCCUCAUCGCCACCUGCCCAGGAGAACCACAAAAAAGCUGAGUCUGCAGUGGCUUCCAGCACAGAUGAAUGUCAGUCCAAAGUUGUCCCGUCCAGCUCUGUCAUAAACACAGUUUCCUCUGUUGCCAUGACGACAACAGCUGCCACCACCGCCACCACCACCACAACAAGUCAACCUCUGACCACCACCAUUUCUAGCACCACGACCACCACGACCACCGCCACCACCGCCGCGGUGACCGCCCCCAUAACGGCAAGCUGCAUAAGCGGUCAAACCACGUCGGUGACCACGACGAUUAGCACGGUCCGGCCUGCCGCCGCCUCGCCGACAGCACAGGCUCAGACGCGGCUGACAGCACCUCAAAGACUGGUGGCACCACAACUUAUUGUCAGACCUCCCCAGCAGCAGACGACCAUCCAGCUGCCCCCUGGGUUCACCAUCCCACCCGGCAUGGUGUUGGUCCGGACCGAGUUAGGCCAGCUGGUGUUGAUCCCUCAGCAGGCCUUGGCUCAAGCUCAAGCCCAGGCUCAGGCUCAGGCCCAGGCCCAGGCCCAGGGUCAGACCCAGAAUAGCAUCUCGCCGCGACCUGCCACUCCCACCACGGGCGCAACCUUCAGGGUCACGACGCCACAGUCUACAGCGACCUCUCAGACCACCAGGCAGUGUCCUUUGACCCCGGCCAAGGUGGCGCCGUCUCCCUCUCCCACUCCCACUCCUUCCAGCCCUGCUCUUCAGACCUCCUCUUCCUCUUCUUCUUCCUCCUCCUCUACCUCAUGUCCCGCACUGCGCCCAAAGGGCCCCGUGGCCCCGGCCGUGGCGGUGACGGCUCCGCAGCAGACCCCCGUGGUUAUGGCCCCCCAGGCCCCGACCCAGGCCGCCUCCCAGCCCGCGCAGCCUCCGCAGACGGCCCCCGGAGGACCUAUCGUGUCCCAGGAAAUGCAGGAAAACGUGAAGAAGUGUAAAAACUUCCUGGCCACCCUCAUCAAGCUGGCGUCCCACAAUUCUCCGUCGCCCGAGACCUCCAAGAACGUCAAAUCUCUGGUUCAGGACCUGCUGGAUGCCAAGAUCGAGCCUGAGGAGUUCACCAGCCGGCUGCAGACGGAGCUCAAGUCCUCGCCGCAGCCUUACCUGGUGCCCUUUCUUAAGAAGAGCCUCCCGGCCCUGCGGCUGUCGUUGCUCAACAGUCAGCAGUCGCUGACCCACCCCCCGCAGGGACUCAAACAGGCGCCCGGCGGCGUUGUUCCCACCGCUGUCGGAGGCGGUCCGGUCGUCCACAUACACCACCCGAACAGUGUCAGCACCCCCGCCGGUGCCGUGGGUCACGCAGCUGCCAUGGGUAUGAAAACCACCGGCCCAGUAGGUGGACAAGUUCGCGUUCCGGUGAUGCCCACACAGUCUGCGAGAGCUCAAGGCACAAUGGGGAAGGUAGGCGCCUUUCAAGCCGGGAGGACUCCAGUGGGCUUGGCUGUCCAGAUCUCGGGCAAUCAGAAAAACAAGCUCAACGACCCCGGAGGAGGCUCGUUCAGGGAUGACGACGACAUCAACGACGUGGCCUCCAUGGCCGGCGUCAACCUGAACGAGGAGAGCGCCAGGAUCCUCGCCACCAACUCGGAACUGGUGGGCACGCAGAUCCGCUCGUGUAAGGACGAAGCCUUCCUCCACCCGGGACUCCUCCAUCGGCGGAUCCUGGAAACAGCAAAGAAGUUUGGAGUCAUGGACGUCCCCAUGGAGGUGGUGACGUUCAUCUCGCACGCUGCCCAAUCGCGACUUCGAACAGUUGUAGAAAAAGUGUCGGCCAUUGCGCAGCACCGGCUGGACUCCUGCAAGGACGACGAGUGCUACGAGCAGUCGGCGGACGUCCGUUCCCAGCUGCGCUUUUUCGAGCAACUGGAGAGGAUGGAGAAGCAAAGGAAGGACGAGCAGGAGAGAGAGAUCCUGUUAAAAGCCGCCAAGAGCCGCUCCAGGCAAGAGGACCCAGAGCAAGCUCGGCUGAAACAGAAAGCGAAGGAGAUGCAACAGCAGGAACUGGCCCAGAUCAGGCAGCGGGAUGCUAACCUCACAGCGCUAGCGGCUAUUGGACCCCGCAAAAAACGCAAGGUGGACUCACCGGGGGCCACUCCAUCAGGGACCGAGGUUUCGGCGGGCUCCCCGGCGGGCUCCUCGACCACGCCCGCCUCCUCGUCACGCCAGUACGCCCGGCAGCGCAUCACACGCGUCAACCUCAGGGACAUCAUCUUCUUCAUGGAGCAGGAGAGAGAGACCGCCCACUCGCUGCUCCUCUACCGCGCCCUCCUCAAGUAGCGUCCUCGUCCUCGUCCUCGUCCUCGUCCUCCAGCCAGGUGCCUUCAGAUCAGGUGUCAGCUCUGCGUUUGCAGCCGGUGACUUCCUGUCUAGAUUUUCUGAAGAGAAAAGGUUGUUGAUGUGUUAGCUUCAUUGAGGGGCCGCCAUCUUUUUUUUCUUUUUUAACGCUUCGCGUUUCCUCUUCUCGCCCCCAAAGCGUCUCUGACAUCACGACCAUAUAAGGACGUCCUGUUGCUAUUUAGUCACCUUGUCUUCAUCAAGGAAAAGCACCUUCCUGGUGUAAAUAAUCCUUACAAGUUACCUUAAACACAACAAGGAAGAAUAGCGCCUCCUUUUUUUGGGGGGGCAACCGUCGUCAUAGCAACCGCAACACUGAAAAGAAAACUGUCAAAUCACCAAAAUGAAGUGUUUUAAAGCCUCAAGAAAAAAACGAAAAAACGUAUUCACUUGUUCAAACACGUGAAAAAGUCUUAUUUUUCCUCCCUUAAAAGUAUGACUUCAAUCCUGAAAAUUAGGAUAGUUAUUUCCUUGUAAAAAUACAACUUUAAUUUGUGAGAUCAAUACUUUUAUCUGUGAAAAGAGCACCAAUUAUUAAAAAAAUUAUACGAUUUUAAUUAUUUAUUUUGUUUUUAAAUACAACUUUAAAAGUCUUUUUUUUCCCCCCGACUAACUUAAAAAAACAUGGUCAGUACUUUUCUUUAAAAAAAUUAUAUUUACAAUUAUUUAUUUGUGCACUGUUACGUUUGAGACGAGCACGCAUAUGUCCAUCCAUCCAUCCAUUUCCUACCGCUUGUCCCUUUUGGGGUCGCGGGCACGCAUAUGUUUUUCUUUUUCUUUAUGCAUUCUAAAUCGUAAACAAACACUAGCAAAAGUCAGCUAACAAUAGAGGAAAUGGCAUUCAUUCUAUUCUGCCUAUUAAAGGCUCUAAAAAACAUCCUAGGUUUGAAAGU